GCUCUAUUGAAAUCUUAUUGAGAGUUGAUGCAUGCAAUUCCUCAAUAAGGCUUCAAUGGAGCAUCUAUUUCUAUCAAGUAUUUAUUAUCAAAGGCCUCCAUCGUCUACAAACCCUUCUACAACAAUCCUUCGAAAUCGAGUACAGACACACUUGGCUUCCAAAUCGAAUCUCAACCCACAACCCAAAAACCAACCACCAACCACCAACUCAAACCAUCAAGCAUCACCACCAGACCGAACCAAACCAACCAUGCUUCUCACAACGCUCCUCCUACUUCUAACGGCCACCUUCCCGGCCACCAAAGCCGCCCCCUCCACGCCCUCCUUCACGAUCUCUCCCCCCGACUCCAACACCACCAUCGCCAACUCCACCUCCCUCUACCGCCGCGACAUCGCCACCGACCACCCCAUCACCACCUGCAAGUCCAACCACCUCCCGCCCCUGCACUGGUACUUCUCCGCCGUCGGCGACGCCUGCGCCAACCUCUGGACCAACACGCCCCUCACCAAAUCUCUGACCGUCACCGUCGCCGCCGCGCAGCACUGGGACCAAGAGAUCCCGACCUACGACAACAGCGGGCUGACGUUCCGCUUCAAAGUCUACGCCGCGCUCGAGAGGAACCAUCUAGACCCACCACGCUACUUCUCCUACUCGGACUGCCUGGCCAACUUCGGCUACACGGACAACGUGGGGAUCCUGACGGGCGCGGGCAUGACGAAGUGCUAUGCGAGCGAAGACGCGGCGGAUGGGAGCGGGAAGAAGGGCGAUGUGUUGGUGCGCGGGGGCAGUGUGACGUACUACCCGGCGCCGAUUGGGAGUCGGUUUGUGUUUCAUGUGGCGCAGGUGUAGGGUGGUAGGGCUGGGUGUGGAACAUCGGGGCCUGUUGGAUACUUUAGUCUUGCUUUUGAUGCGAACGGGGGUGGAUGGGAUACCCAGGCUUCCCUUACUUCUGCUA